AUGUCAGUCGCCCCCAGCUUUGCUGUCCUCCUCCUGGGCCGCUUCCUUGCUGGCGCAGCUGCCGGCCUCGCCCUUGUCACAGCCCCAAUCUACGCUUCUGAGAUUGCUUCCCCUGAAGUCCGUGGCGCUCUUGCCUCAUUAACGGAAAUCUUCAUGGGAAUUGGCAUUCUUUUCGGCUACAUAUCAAACAAUGUAUUGGCUCCACUGCCUAGAAGUUACAAUUGGAGAGUUAUGCUCGGCCUCUCUGCAUUGCCGGCUUUAAUCAUCUUUGUUUUACUGAUUUUUAUCCCGGAGACGCCAAGGUGGCUCGUGAUGCGCGGACGGCAGGGGGAGGCACGGAAGGUGCUUUUGAUGACAUCGAAUGGCGACGUUGAGGUUGCUGAGCAGAGGCUGGCAGAGAUUGAGUGUGCAGCAAAGGUGGAGGAGUCGAGUGUCAGGUGGGGGGAAUUACUAUCGAGGCCAUCACCGUGUGUGCUAAGGAUGCUGUUUGCGGCGAUCGGGGUGAACUUCUUCCAGCAGGCGAGCGGCAUACAGGCGGUGACGCUGUACGCACCGAAGAUCUUUGUGCGCGCCGGGAUGAAGAAGAAAUCACAGGCUUUGGCCGCAACCUCAGGCAUAGGUGUAACCAAGGUGGUCUUCAUAUUUGUGGCCAUUCUCUUAGCUGAUAAAUGUGGGAGAAGGCCUCUUCUCCUCACUAGCAUCAUAGGCAUGGGAGGCUCCUUACUAGUCUUAAGUGGUUCACUGUGGACUAUGAACACACAUCCUGGUCCCGUUGUUAAGUGGGUUGCUAUAGUAUCAGCAUGGGUUGACGAGGCUUUCUAUGGAGUAGGAAUUGGUCCUAUAGCUUGGGUUUAUGCAUCAGAAAUCUUUCCCUUAAGGCUUCGUGGUCCUGGUAUGAGUGUUGCUGUUAUGGUGAAUAGAAUGGUGGGUACAUUGGUUUCCAUGACUUUCUUAUCUUUGAAUAAGGCUAUAACUAUACAAGGGAGCUUCUUGAUGUAUGCACUGAUAUGUGCUCUAGGGGGGGUGUUUUGUUGGUUUGCAUUGCCUGAGACUAAGGGGAGGACUUUGGAGGAGGUCCAGGUCUUGUUUGGUGGGGACCCACUGCCAAAAAAUGUUGAAAUUUCGGCAAAAGUCGGGGAAGUUUCAGGUACGGAUUUGGAAAUGCAAAGGAGCAUGGAAAAUAUUGAGCUUUAGGGGAGAAGUGAAGGCAUUUCUGUGGAGGAGGCAGUUAGAGGGUGGGUGAAGGAUGCGGAGAUUUCGGUGAGAAAAUCUGCUGGUGAUCAAGGUUCUUAGUUGUGACAUGAUUUGCUUAUCGAAUUGUGUACUAGAAGAUCAUUUACUUUUACUACAAGAAGGCCAAAAAAUACUCAUCCUCAAAUGUAGAAUGAGGAGAGCAGGAAUGUGCCACUUCUUCAAAUUGUAUCCA